UGGCGCCAAGACUGAUUCGAAACCGGCUUCCUCCAAAAUCUCGAGCGUUUGUGAGCUCUUCGGAAUCGCUGCAGGCCUAACGCCAGGUCUUCCGAGUAACAAUCGAGGGCAUGCCAUCAGGCUCGUGCGAAUGCCGCCUCGAUUGCUGCGCAUGAAUUUGCGCCGCACUUGAUAUUCUCAUCUCUGGACGAUCGGGUGUUGAAGUACGGGCCCAUUUUCGAAAUUGCUUUCUCGCAGCUGUCGCGGCAAAGAUUCUUUUGAGAGGCUUUUGAGAGGCAGUGGUCAUGGAGGUGGUGACUUUGCCUCUACCACCGUCUCUGCGCUCCAAGCUCCAAGCUGCGGGCUACUCCACGAUCGACAGCAACGUUUCUCCCGUUGAAUUGGCUCGAGAUGUCUGCAUUACCCAUGAGGAAGCUUUGGGUAUCAUCAAGCUCAUUCCCACUUCUAACGUGUCGCCCUGUGGGACGGGUGCUUCCAGCGCCCUUGAUUUCUGUGGCCAAAAUGCGUGGGAUCUUUUUCGGCACGAGAAAGCUAAAAGAAGGAUUAUUACUUCCUGCCAUGACCUUGAUAACAUUCUUGGAGGUGGUAUCUGUACCAAGGAGGUGACUGAAAUUUGUGGCGUGCCUGGUGUUGGCAAGACUCAACUAGGGAUACAGCUAGCCGUCAAUGUACAAAUUCCAGCGGAGCUUGGUGGUAUGGGUGGACAUGCUAUCUACAUAGAUACAGAAGGCAGUUUUAUGGUCGAGCGUGCUGUUCAAAUGAUUGAAUCAAGUGUUGUUGAGAUCAUGAGAAGAGCUAUGUUGGAUCCACAAGUGGACAUGGAGGCUCUGAAGUCGGAAGUAAAUGUGGAUAAAUUCUUGUCACAAAUCUACUACUUCCGAAUUCAUGAUGUCUCAGAGCAAGUGGCAGUUAUAAACACUCUGGAGAAAUUCAUGAUUGAACAUGGUCAGGUGCGGUUGAUAGUGAUCGAUAGUGUCACCUUUCACUUUCGUCAGGGUUUUGAAGACAUGGCACUGAGAACGCGCUUACUAAGCUCUCUGUCACUUAAACUGAUGGCACUUGUACAAAAGCAUGACCUUGCCAUCGUACUCGUGAAUCAAGUGACGAACAAAAUCACCCAAGAGGGUUCAGAAGUAGUACCUGCCCUAGGUGAGAGCUGGUCUCAUGCUUGCACCAAUCGACUCAUUCUCUACUGGAGGGACGGACAAAGAUUCGCCUCAUUAUUCAAGUCCCCGUCUCUGCCAACUGCCACUGCAGCCUAUGAAGUUUCUGCAAAAGGGAUAACAGAUGCAUUUCAAACUUAUAAGAAAGCGAAGUAUAUAUGAAACAUGAUUAUGAAACUCAGGAGUAUCGUUAUUUUCCUAAUCUUCGAAGAGGGGAGGGGGAUUGUUGUCUUUUGCAAAUGUAUAUAAACUCAAAGCCCAGGUAGAGGACUGAAGUCUGCUACGUAGGGCCACUGGCUGCCUUCUGCACUGGAGUAGUAUUGCCAAAUUCAGUGCAGUGGAGUGUCGCGAAAUGAGAGGUGCGCAGUCUCUUUGGCGUCGAGAUGGGUACAAGCUGUGGGUAUCGCUGAAGAUUUUUCAGUUCUGAACCGGUUGAGUCCUGGGGUUUGUAAUCGCGGCCAGGAUUCUUAGAUCACGAGAAACUUUCAAGAGCUUAUUGUCAUUCCUCCGGAGUUCCCCCGAUUACUCUACAAAACAAACUCAGCUUAUGUACUCUAUAUCAGACUACCUGCCGUUUUGCAGUCAAGAAUCCUGCCCUUGAGCGAUUGUUCUCCCUGAGCGAGUCACGUACCACGUCGCCUACGAGUCCAGUGCAGUUGGAGGGAAGUGAAGCACGAAAACGAAACAUAGUUUAGGCCAGAGCUUCACACAUCAACACCUAGGGUCGGGAAUAAUGCGGGGGAAGCGAGGCAGCAACCGGCAACAUGCAGGCUUGCUGUAUUAGCGUGAGCAUGAUUAUCAGAAUAUCAACCAGUGAAGUAUCACGAGUUUCUCAUUUUGCCACCACUCAUUUUUAGCGCGUUACUUCCCCACCGAGUACAGUAUCCCCACUGGAACAAGCCGGCCUACUGUGCACGGAGCUGAAACAGCUGUCGUAUGAGGCUUCCUGGAGCACCAGAGUGAUCACAGACAGUCUCGUACUACUGGCUUCCACUCCGUGGGUUGCAUAGAGUUCAGAGUGUAGCCUCGGCCUCCGUAUCGUUGAUCUCCCGCAAAACUGCGCUCUGUCCAGGAGUUAAGAAACUCGAGUUCCCCACAAUGAGCGACGAUUGUGAGUCACACGAGUCUCAUUCAUGUCGCUCACAGUGACUGCGCACCGCAUAGUGACCAAUUCGCCAGGCCCAUUCCCAAAGACAGCCUAAGUUGUUAUAGAAUUUUCCGGCCUCCUUAGGAAAUCCAAUACUAUCUUACAUGCAAAUUUGAUUCUUUUAAGAAAUGUUGAGCAUGAAAUGCAUUUUGGC